AAAGUGUGGACUACGGGCCAGUGUUUGUGCAAGAACCGGAUGAUAUCAUUUUUCCUACUGAUUCUGAUGAAAGGAAGGUAGCACUGAAUUGUGAAGCUCGUGGCAACCCAGUACCCAGUUACAGAUGGCUUCAAAAUGGAACAGAAAUAGAUUUGGAAAGUGAUUAUCGCUACAGUUUGAUAGACGGCACCUUCAUUAUAAGCAAUCCAACAGAAGCAAAGGACUCUGGACAUUAUCAGUGUUUGGCAACCAACACUUUUGGAACUAUUCUUAGCAGAGAAGCUAUACUUCAGUUUGCCUAUCUGGGAAAUUUUAGUGGCCGGACAAGAAGUGCAGUCUCUGUGAGGGAAGGCCAGGGGGUUGUUCUGAUGUGCUCUCCUCCGCCUCAUUCACCAGAGAUCAUCUAUAGUUGGGUAUUUAACGAGUUCCCUUCCUUUGUGGCUGAAGACAGCCGGCGGUUCAUUUCCCAGGAGACAGGCAACCUUUAUAUUUCCAAAGUACAAACAUCAGAUGUCGGGAGCUAUAUUUGUCUGGUGAAAAAUACAGUGACGAAUGCUCGAGUACUUAGUCCUCCGACACCUCUCACUCUACGUAAUGAUGCUGCCUUUAAAUUGAAUAUUCAGCUUUUAAUACUUCAUGGUAUAGUUAUAAUUGUUAUUAGUACUUUUCCAAUAAUAGAAGCAGUUGGAACUUUAACUUUUAAGUGCAAUUCAGGCAGAAGUGAUGAUUCUAUAAUUAAAGGUAUUGCCAUCUAUGUAAGAAUAUUUGCUGCUGGAAUGUAUGCCAAGAGUGAUAUUACAAGACCUUUGCUUACUGCUUAG